AUGAAGCUGAUAUACGAAAUCAUGCCGCGUCACAAAGAGCCACCGUCGCUGCUUUUGCUGCUACCGCUGCUGCUCCUAUCAUCCCGCGGCACGAUUUUGCCGGCCGCCCAGGCGCAGGUGAUCAAUCGCGCGCCGCACUUCGUGUUCGGCGGCGACAUGGCCCGCCUGGCCGUGUCCGAGAGCACACCCGUGGGGGCGCCGGUCUACACGCUCCAGGCCGAGGACCCGGAGGGCUCGCGACUCCACUACUCCAUCAGCGGCGAUUACUUCGGCGUGGAGCGCGAGACCGGCGUCGUGCUGCUGAGGAAGCCCCUGGAUCGUGAGGUCCAGGACAUCAUCGAGGUCAUCGUCAGCAUAACGGACGAGAGCGUGGCCGGCUCCGAGCCCAACACGGUGUCGCUGAGGCGCGAGAUAGCCGUGCUCGACGAGAACGACAACGCCCCUGUCUAUCACGGCCGGCCCUACGCCGCCCGUGUGCCCGAGAGCGCCGAGCUGGGCGAGCUUCUGCUGCCCGGGGGCAGCAUCCUGGUGACGGAUCGCGACGGCGGCGUCAACGCCGACGUGCGGGUCAGCUGUCUGCCGGCGGGCAGCGACGACGACGCCUGUCGCGUCUUCGACGUCGAGAGCGUCAAGCUCGCCGAGGGUCGCUACGACGUGAGAAUCAGUCUGGCACGGCCGCUGGACUACGAGAGGAGAAACUCGUAUCUGAUUAAUUUGCUGGCCGUCGACGGGGCCGGUGAUCCGGCCAAGAGGCUCCAGGCCAAGGCCACCGUCGCGGUGGACGUACUCGACGUACAGGAUCAACCGCCUACCUUCGUCAACGCCCCCUACAGCGUGGCCCUGGCCGAGAACAGUCCAGCCGGCCUGACGGUGCUCACGAUCAAGGCACGGGACGGCGACACGGGCGACCCUCGGCCCGUCUGGCUCGGCAUCGAGAACGAGGUCGGGGGCUACUUCGAGCUCGAGCUCGUCGAGCACGGCGACGUCACCCACGGCCACCUCGUCACCACCAACGUCUCGCUGGAUCGCGAGGACGAGGCCAUACUGCAGAACGGCGGCGUCUACGGCUUCGAGAUACGAGCCACGGAGCUCCUGGACGGCGAGCUGACCGACGAUCAGGCCCUGGCCCAGGUGACCCUCGUGGUGACGGACGUGGACGACAUGGUGCCGAGCUUCAACGAGGACCGCUUCUUGGUGGCGGUCUCGGAGGACAUCGGCACGGACACGCCGCUGCCCGGCUUGAACAUGUUCGUGCAGGACGACGACGUGGGCGACAACGCCAGGUACAGGCUGGCGCUGAGGGACGCGCCGAGAUAUCACGGCGUCAGUCGGGCGUUCGACAUAAGCCCCGAGGAGGGACAGGGACGCACCCCGGUGGUCAUCAGGACCCUGGAUCCGAGAGUUUUGGACUACGAUGUGCCGGGCGAUAAGCAGCUGGAGUUUCAAGUGGUCGCUCUGGUCAACGGUCAAGUGGUCUCGUUUUCCACGGUGCACAUACAACUGCUGGACGCCAACGAUCACAGUCCCGACUUCUCCCAGCAGCUCUACCACCUGACCGUGCCCGAGGACGCCGAGGUCGGCCUGAAAUUCGGCGACGUACGCGCGCGCGACCUCGACAGCGGCGCCUUCGGCCAGCUCGCCUACGUGCUGCGCGGCUUCGGCGUCGAGAAGUUUCGCACGGAUCCGCGCUCGGGCGGCCUCUUCGUCGCCCAGAGCCUCGACUACGAGGACCAGAAGUCGUACUCGCUGACCCUGGAGGCCAGGGACGGCGGCGAGCGAGUCAGCACCGUCAGUCUGCUGGUCGAGGUCGAGGACGUAAACGACAACGAGCCCCGCUUCGAGACGAGCGAGUACACGAGGAUUGUGCGCGAGGCCGCUACGAGCUUCGAUCCGCAGAUGUUCGUGCGGGCGAGCGACGCCGAUGGGCCAGCUCAAGGUGAUGGAAGGAUCACCUACUCGAUUAGCCAGCACAACAGCAUGAACGACAACGUGUUCAAGAUACAACCCGACACAGGCGAGCUCGUACUCACGGGCUCGGCUCGCUCGACCGACACCGAGCGCGGCAUCUACGAGCUCGUGGUCCGCGCCACGGAUCACGGCUCGCCGCCCAAGUUCGCCGAGGCACGGGUCUACAUUCGAGUGGGGGUGCCGGGCAAUCAGAAGCCCGUCUUUCGCGGCAACUACAAGUCCAGCCAGCCCGGGCCGAACGUCUAUCGGGCCAAGAUUCCGGAGAACGCCGCAGCGGGCACGGAGAUCAUACGCGUCCAGGCCAACGAUCCGGACGGCCGUGACAAUCUGCUGCGCUACCGCAUCCACUCGGGCGCCCGCGACAAUUUCGCCAUGGAUCCGCGCUCGGGCGUGAUGACCGUGGCGCCGGAGGCUCGGCUGGACCUGGAGUCGGGUGGGUCCAGGUACGAGGUGAUAGUGCACGCGGUGGACUCGGGCGAGCCGAUCCGCGAGACGGCCACCACCACGGUGACGGUCGACGUGCUGGACGUGAACAACAAGCCGCCGGCCUUCGAGCAAUCGUCGUACACGGCUUACGUGUCGGAGCGGGCCAAGGUCGGCGAGAGGCUGAUCGAGGUACGGGCCGUGGAUCCGGACAGCGACGCCGAGAUCGAGUACUCGAUCGUCGAGCCGUACCGAGCCCUCGACAAGACCGGCGCCACGGUGCAGGAGUCCUUCUACGAUCAUCGCGGACUGUUCCGCGUCAACAAGACCACGGGCACGGUGAGCAUAGCCAAGCCGUUGAACUACCAGAAGGCGGCGGUGAUCAUCAUGACCCUGGAGGCGCGCGAUCUCAACGCCGCCGUGGACAAGGACCGACAGCUGGCCCGGGUGGAGCUGUCCGUCUUCGUGCAGGCCUUCAGCGACGACAAUCCGACCUUCACGAAUCAGGGCUGGUCGGCCAACAAUCCCUGGAUCCGGCUGACGAUACCCGAGGAGCAGCCGCUGGGCACUACCCUGCUGAUGCUGCAGGCCAAGGAGCCGCAGACCGGCUACGCCGUGCAGAGAUUCGAGAUGGUCCGGGGCGAGAACGACGAGGCUUACUUCAACGUGGGCGUCAACAGCGGCAACGUCGUUCUCAGCAAGCGGCUGGAUUACGAGAGCUUGAAGGAUAACGUGAUCCGCUUCAAAGUGCGAGCGCUGACUCGGGACUUCGACAUCACCCAGCGCAUGUCCGAGGCCAACAUCGAGGUCACCGUGGAGGACGUCAACGACAACGGGCCCGAGUUCGCCCAGCCCAAUUACAAAGUCAGCGUGAUGGAGUCCGACAGGCCGCCCAAGGUCGUGCUGACGGUCAAGGCCACGGAUCUCGACAGCGCCAACACCGAGGUGGAGCUCAAGCGCGGCUACGGCGUCGUCGGCUACUCGCUGACGGGCGAGAACGCCAAUCUCUUCGAGAUCGAUCCCGUCAGUGGCACCAUACGCAUCGCGCCCAACGUGACGCUGGACCGCGAGCGACAGUCCGUGCUCAAGAUGCAGGCGAUCGCCCAGGACAUGCCCCAGGGCGGGGCCAAUCGCCGAGCGGCCCAGGCCUCGAUCACCGUCGACGUUCUCGACGUCAACGACAACGCGCCGGCCUUCGCCCAGGAGUCCUACACCUCGGUGGUGCCGGAGAACGCGGCGCCCGGGGUCAGCAUCGUCAACGUCACGGCCCAGGAUCCGGACGAGGCUGGGGGCGGCACCAUCCACUACGAGAUCAUCGACGAGGGCGAGGCGAGCGGUCUCGUCCGCAUAAAUCACACCACGGGCGAGAUCCGAUCGACGAGGGCGCUGACGGGCAAGGGUCGCACCGAGCCCUACGCCAUGCGGGUCCGCGCCCAGGAUCAGGGCGAGCCGGCGCUCUACGCCGACGUGCCGCUGAUCCUGUACAUCGGCGACGUGGUGAGCAACGACGGCGUGCCGCUGUUCGUGCGCCCGGGCCUCGACGAGAUCGCCCACGUCUCGGAGAACUCGUCGAUCGGCAGUCCGGUGUUUCAGGUACUGGCCACCGAUCCGGACGACCCGCAGCUGCCCAACGGCAAGAUCGUCUACAAGUUCCUGGAGGACGGCGAUUUCGGUGGCGGUGGUGGCGGUGGCGGUGACUCGGCGGCCUUCCACAUAGAUCCGCGCACCGGCCUGAUCACCAGCCGAGUGCCGCUCGAUCGCGAGGAGAAGGAGAACUACACGCUGAUCCUCGUGGCGCAGGAUCUCGGCGAGCCACCCCAGCAGGCGACGAGGGUGCUGCAGGUCCGAGUGCUCGACAUCGACGAUCACAAGCCGCACUUCAAGCGUCAGGUGUACAGUCCGCCGCUGGAGUUCAGCGUCAAGGAGGAGACGCCGAUCGGCACCAAGAUCGGUAUAGUCCAGGCGAUCGACGAGGACAUCGGCGAGAACAGCCUGAUCGACUACGCGAUAAGUCACGGCAACGAGGCCGGAUUCUUCGCCAUCGAGCGGCUGGCCAACAACAGCGGCUUGAUCAAGUCGACGAAACGUCUGGAUCGCGAGACCAGCGAGAAGCACCUGCUGACGAUCCGAUGCUUCAAGUACACGGGCAAGCAGCAGGACUUCAUACCCAAGCCGUACAAUCCUCAGGAGCCGGCGGAGAGGCAGGUACUGGUGCGGAUAAUCGACAUCGACGACAACAGGCCGCGCUUCGACAAGGACAACGUGACGAUCGGCGUGAGACUGAACGUGCCGAUCGACACGAGCCUCGUCACUCUGGAGGCGCACGACGUCGACGUCGACGCCCUGCCGAUCAACUACAUCAUGGGCGACACGGCCUUCGUGGCCCUCAACGAGCAUCACGCCAACCCGAACAAGCCCAAGCGCACCUCGGUGGGGACGGCGGGUCAGUCGCCGCCACUGGCACUGAACCCGGUGACCGGUGAGGUGCGCACCACCAAGAGCCUCGUGGCCUACGCCGACGGCUAUCUCGAGGUGCCCAUCUUAGCCAACAACUCGCUGGUACCUGGACGCGAGACCAACGUGACUCUGAGGGUGUUUCUGCUGCGCGACCGGGACAUGCUCAAGUUCGUGUUCAGUCGGCCGCCGACCGAAGUACGCGAACGUCUCGAGGCGUUCGAGCGCGAGGUGCGCGAGGCCCUGCUGCUGCCCCAGGUCCAGGUGAACGUCUACGACACGCAGUUCUACGCCAAGGAGGACAGCUCGCUGGACUUCUCCGCCACGAGCUCGUGCUUCCAGAUGGUCGGGGGCAGGGAGGCCUUCGGGCUGGCGGAGAUGAGACAGCUGCUGCUGGAUCCGGACAAUCGCAGGCUGAAGGACGUGUACGAGAGGUAUCACGUGGACGGCAUACAGAAUUGCGCGGUGACGUUCGCCCGGACGGACGCGUCGGCGACUCAGCUGUGGGUACUCGCGAUAGCGGUGCUGGUCGGAUUCGCCACGGUGACGGCCAGCUGCACGAUUUGCUGCAUGCACUCCAAAUUCAAGAGGCGCGCGAGGCACGCGAGGCUGCGCGAGAACUCGCGGCCGACCCUGAGCUACAUCUCGUCGGGACCGGCGCUGAUGAGCGCGGGCUCGCACGCGAGCCUCGGCGGGCCGCCCUGCGUGACCCCGGGCCCGGCGAUGCUCAUCGGCAGCCAUCAUCACGAGGGCCCCUACGAGUGGGGCAACACGAUCUACCACCCGAGCACCCUGUCGAGGCCAUGACAUUUGUACUACGAGUACGUGUUGUAUUGAAGGAGAGGAUUUUCAAUGACAAUUUUAUACUUGUACCGUGUGCCAACUUUUUGCUGUAUAGACGCGAGUAACUGCUAUUCGCUUAAAGUAUAAAUAUAGUAUAUAUAGACUGCAGGCGAGCGACUGGCAUGGGGAGAGAGAGAGAGAGAGAGAGAGAGAGAAAUGGUGCUAGUUAUGAGCUAUUUAAAGUUAACUAAGUUCGAGUAUAUGAAUAAGUUUUUUUUUUUAAAUGUAACGUCGGUGUUUUGCGCCAUGACGUAGCGUGGAAUAGA